GCGCCGGGUGGCGCAGCUGCGCGCCGAGCUGCAUCGGGAGGAGCUGUGGUGCGACUUGUUGGGCGCCCGCGAGGCGGCGGCCAAGCGCCGGGGCCAGGACUUCCGGCGAGGGGAGAUCCAUGCGCAGGCGGUGGCCGCGACGCUGGUGGACGUGUGGAAGCGCUUCCAAAGCACGCAGGCCAAUGCGGACGAGUUUGUGUCCACCCUGCACUGCGCGUGGCCACCGGGCCGCGGCGCGCGGCCUUCCAAGUCCCUAUGCCAGGCGGCGCACACGCAGCUGCCCUUUUGCAUCGAGGAUUGCGAGCGCCGCACCGCUGCACAGCUGGCCUGGCUGCGGAUGUACCCAAAG